CACCGAAUUCCGCCGCUCGAGAAAAGAGCAGCCAGCAGGUUGCAAACCUCCUGCGUGUUCUUGCCGCCUUUUACAAACUACUCCUCUGAGCACCCUCCCUAUUCGUAGGAACCAUUUCCCUCAGCACGGGGAAAGUCGAGAGGCCGACCGGGGCCUCGAGAGGGGCUGGGAGGGGCCGAGGCGUGGCAAGGGGGCGGCCCCCUCGAGCUGGGCUCCACUUCACCCAGGGAACUUUUUCGCCUCCGUGGCGGGGAGAUGGGUGCCGCCAGCCGGGCCGGGCCGGGCAUCCUGGCACUGGUGGCGCUCUUGGCGUUUGGGUGUCGCGCCGAGGCGGCUUGCGCGGAAGAGGGGCGCUGCUGUUCCGGCCGGGACCUGACCUGUGCCAGCAUUGGCUGGCGCGUCAAUAGAGCCUACGGGACCUGCUUCUGCGACGAGGCGUGCAAGCUGACUGGCGACUGCUGCUAUGACUACGCCCAGGCGUGCCCAGCUCUUCCAUGCAUCGUUGGGGAGUGGAGUCACUGGAGUGGCUGUGCAGCACAGUGUCAGCCUAACUUCCGCAUGCGUACCCGGAUCAUACAGCAGGAAUCAAAAAAUGGUGGGGAGCCUUGUCCUCCAUUACAAGAGAAAGCUGCCUGCCUGCAAUAUUCUACCUAUGAGGGGCAAGUUUGUGGAUAUGAACAUGUUCCUGCUUUUAUAACUACUUCUGAAUAUAGCAAAGAGAGGGAAAAAAGAGCUUUAAACCCAAGGUGGUCAUCGGAAACAGAGCAUUCUAGGAGUUACUGUGUGGAAUUUAGAACUGAAUCAUUGUCUCCUCGUUGCUCUAUGGAGACUCGCCCAUAUGCUCAAUGGAUGCAAUAUCUAAGAGAAGGAUAUACUGUAUGUGUAACUUGCCAACCUCCGGCAAUGCAUACCGGUAGCCAUCGCUGCUCUGGAGAUGGAGAUGGAGCUGAUGGGAAUAAAGUUCUGCACUGGCAAGCAGUUGGCAAUCCAUCCUGCUAUGGAACAUGGAAAAAAGUUAAGCAGCUGGAAGAAUGUUCAUGCCCUCUUGUACACAGCUUUAUUUUUACGUAGCAGUUUGAACACAUACCUUUUGUUAUCUAAUUGAACUGAGGAAACUAUUCUACUGUUGGACUUGUGUAACCCUACUAGACAUUACUUUUUAACAGGUGACAAAUCAAAACUUUGAAAUCACUGUCUUUUUACUGCACUGAUUAAAACUGUGCUAGCUAUUCUAA